CCAAGUAGCUAAUGUUCUCUAGCUAGCCAAUGUUCACAGUGCUUUUUUUAACGAAGUAUCUAAUGUUACCUUGCUGGCUAAUGUUGCCAAUGUUUUUGUCCUGUCACCUAGUGUGGACUUUUUAAGAGGGAUCUUGCAACACAGUAGCGAUAGCAGCGAGUGUGGUGGCUGAGCUGUGAGAGCAGCUCUUAACAGAAGAGGAAAAUACAGGCAGUUGCGUAGAAGAUGCUUCUGCUACUUUUAAGUCGUAUGUCUGGCUGCAUUUUGGCUCCAGUGGAAACAAUAAACGGUAACAGAGUGACCAACAAGACACAAACCAUAUAUAAAUACUAUGAAGUUGGGCUUCGACCAGAUGCUAUGAUACGCCACCAUUUACUAAAUUGAUUUAGUAAACAAAUCAGUUAAGCCAUUGAUGUGGAGCUGCAGUCUUUCUGGGUAAAAAGCACAAUUACAAUUACAUUUCUCACCAAAUUUUCACUUGUGAUCUACAUAAAAAGGACUUUAGGAGUGCAUAUCACUGUUAGUCUGAAGCUAAUGUGUUGGAAAAUAAUGUUAUCUGGAGUUGUAAAAAAGGAAUGUUUUAUAAAUUAGUGUGAAGGAAAAAGCUUUGGACAUCAUUGGUCACGUGAUCAAUGUAGAAUGAUUUUGGCACAAGCCUCGAAGCUUCAGAUUAAAGGGUAAAAAUGUUUUCUUCUUUCUUUACGUUCUCAGGAUCUAGGGAGACCAGAAAAUAAUCAAGACUGUUUGUCUAAACAGUGGGCAGUGUUCAUAAAGGCAGUAAACAGGCGUCAGCCUGAUUAUUGCAAGUGGUAAAAUGUGGGCUACCUCUAGUGACUGGAGGACCACCAGCACCCCCUUUACACUAAGGACUUAGAAGUGGGAAAAAAUACUGAAACAUUUAUGAAAUGAAAUUAUUCUCCUGAACUUCAUCACCAACAACCAGGAUAUUUAACUAAGAGCAAUGUUAAACUGCUGAAAGAGCUGAAGCACAAGCCGUCCUGAAGAAUCUCCAGAACACACAGACAUUGUUUGAUAGUUUAACAGACAAAUGAAGCCAAGCCCCGACAUGGAGAAACAUCAGCACUCUGUCAAGAGUUUUACUAAACAGAGUGAUCUCAAAAAACACCAGCGCAUUCACACAGGAGAGAAACCGUAUCACUGCUCAGACUGUGGAAAGAGUUUUACUAAACAGAGUAAUCUCAAAAUUCACCAGCGCAUUCACACAGGAGAGAAACCGUAUCACUGCUCAGACUGUGGGAAGAGUUUUACUAAACAGAGUAAUCUCAAAAUUCACCAGCGCAUUCACACAGGAGAGAAACCAUAUCACUGCUCAGACUGUGGGAAGACUUUUAAUCAACAGAGUCAUCUCAAAAAUCACCAGCGCAUUCACACAGGAGAGAAACCGUAUCACUGCUCAGACUGUGGGAACAGUUUUACUGCACCAAAUACUCUCAAAAUACACCAGCGCAUUCACACAGGAGAGAAACCGUAUCACUGCUCAGACUGUGGGAAGGGUUUUACUACACAGAGUAAUCUUAAAAAACACCAGCGCAUUCACACAGGAGAGAAACCGUAUCACUGCUCAGACUGUGGGAAGAGUUUUACUGAACCGAGUAGUCUCAAAACACACCAGCGCAUUCACACAGGAGAGAAACCGUAUUACUGCUCAGACUGUGGGAAGAGUUUUACUCAACAGACUAAUCUUCAAAAACACCAGCGCAUUCACACAGGAGAGAAACCGUAUCACUGCUCAGACUGUGGGAAGAGUUUUACUGAACCGAGUAGUCUCAAAACACACCAGCGCAUUCACACAGGAGAGAAACCGUAUUACUGCUCAGACUGUGGGAAGAGUUUUACUCAACAGAGUAAUCUUCAAAAACACCAGCGCAUUCACACAGGAGAGAAACCGUAUCACUGCUCAUACUGUGGGGAGAGUUUUAAUCAACAGAGUAAACUCAAAAAACACCAGCGCAUUCACACAGGAGAGAAAACUGUGCCAAAUUUGUCCCACGGCAAUUAAAAGUGCAAAUCGUAAAUCUUUCAGACAGAACACCUUAUCCUACACAAAUGUUUCAUUUUGUCACUUGGGACACGUUCCACCAGAAACAAACAUGAACUGAAUUUAACAAUGGAUUUUACAGGUUCAGCAAAAUGAAUCUCAUCCAGCGAUCAUGUUUAUUGAAUUCCAUGUUAUGUUUUCUAAUAUGUACGAUAUUCCAGGACAUUCUUUGUGAGACAGAGCUGAGUUUUUAGGGUAAUUACGGUAGGAGUUCAGUUCGGAAGAAUGGAAAAAACGUAGUCUUUAAAAUUUAGAUGUCAUAGUGAGUAGGAUUCUUAGCUGGCAACUAAAUGUUUUGGACCAAACCUUCAGAGCUUAUGAUUUUAAUGAUUUUAACCCCCUUUCUAGUAUAUGCAGAUUUGCUUAUUUCUAUUAAUUUCUAGUAUCUCUUUUUUCACUCUGUGGAAGCCGUCCUCAAUUCCCCAAGCUUAGCAUAGCUUAGCUUAAUGCUAUUAACCGCUAGGCCCAUCUGUAUGAAAGAAGAAGUGAAAACACCACCUGAGGAACUCCAGAGUGUGCUCCCAAAAGUGAGACCCAGAGCCACAGAGAGACGACACUGUGCUGGGUACUGCCAUGUGGACCAGAGGAGCAUGCAGACUCUGCAGAGAGGCCAACAAAAUCCUUUCCAGAGGUUAAAUAAAACGCUCCAGCUGUAGUUCCCAUACUGAAAUCAACCCCCUCCAGACUUGUGUAGUGCAGUAAGGUUGUGGGCUCAUUCAUUCCCUCUGAUGGUGUUCUCGUUUGUCUGUGGUUCAGUCGUUCUGAUUAAAAAUCUGUUACCAUAGAGGGAUAUUUGGUUGUUGUAUUACUCAAGUUUUAUGCUCUCUUAUCUUUUUCUUAUUGAAUAUUAUAUGUUGUUUAAGGUUUUUAAUCUCCAAAAUUUACUAAGAAUAUCCAAAUCUUGUAGUUUCUUAAUUGUUUUUAUCCACUACAAACUAUUAUCUUUGUAUUGCUUCACCUCUAUAUUUACUCAUCUGUGUGUUUUAAUAAACGGCUUUUAGAUUGCA